AUGACGCACUGUCCCGCGCCCCACGCCGCCCGGGAGGCAGGCUCUGCUGGCAGAGUGUUGGAAUCGAUUCCAGGGAUUCCAACAGCCUCUGGAAUCGGAAUCGGCGAUUCCCAAAAGAGCGAUUCUUGCCCACCCCUACUGACACUGGUGGGGGUAGACGAGAACGAAGCAAGAUCAGUAGCUCAGGAUGGCAGUGAGAGCAGUAGUACUUCAGACACCACGCCUGCUACAUCUUUCAGUCUCCACGCCACCACCGACCCCUCGAGUCUACGCAGCCCAGUGGCCGUGUGUGUCUUGGCGUUGGGCGUGACGUGCAGCAACGGUGGUAAUAGCAACGGGAAGCUUGAUGCACAGCACAGCACAGCACAGCACAGCGGAGAGAUUGGUGGUGAGUUGACGAUCCAAAGGCCUGACUCCACAGCGGUAAUGAGCCUUGUGUACCUUGCACUGUCUUCACUGACAACGCCCACUACUAACCCCUCUGCCUCCGCCACCGUUUCAAGAUCAGGGAAGGACUCUGCCUUGCAUCGCGCACUGUGAUGGUCGCCGCCCCGCCC